CUGUUGUACUUGUGCAGGUUUGGUUAGCUAGCAUGUUUAGUCACUAACAUAACGUGAAAUAACGCCGAUUAUAAAUCAAUGAAACCAUCAGAUUCAGAUAAGGAAGAACCGGAGCAGCUGGGCGUUUAUCAAAAGGAACUGAGACAGCGGGCCAACCAGAGUAUCCAGCAGCUGAGUAGUACUCUGGAGCAGCUGAACCCUGAUGGAGAGGAGGUGGAGGAGGUCAGAGGCACUGAUAGCAGCCUCUUCUCCACCAUGGCCGAAGAGGACAAUGCAGCAUGGAGCCAAAAGACACAGAGUGAAGCAGUUAAUCAGCUGAAGAGCCUCCUGCUGAAGCAGUGCAGAGACAAUCCUGCUCCUCUCUCUCCUUCAAAGAAACAGUCUCCAUCCAAGAAAGCGCAACAGGAGGGAAAGUCCAGUUUGGAUUUGGUUCCAGUGAUUCCCAACCAGUUCAUUCAACACCUGGAGGCAGAGGUCAAACUCUGUAGGGAAGAGCUGCAUGGGAUGAAACAGCGGAUCAGAGUGGUGGUGGUGGAGAAUGAGAAACUGCAAUCGGAACUCAAAUCCAAAACUGCUGAUGAAUCCCUGAGAGAUUACACAAUCCCCAACUCCACGGUGAAUGAGAGUAUGGCAAACAACAGCCAUAUAACCUCACAUACAGGCCACAGCGGGCUGCAGAGAACAGAACACACCACAUGGAAAAAUGAGCUGGAACAAUUGAAAGUGAUCUACCAAGCCCAGAUUGAAAGCUUGGAGGCUCAAGUCAUCUCUCUCAGAAAGGAUCUGUCAGUCAGUCAGAAGGAGUGUGAGGAGGUGAAGGUUCUUUUGAGACACCGGGAGAAGCAGGCUGCGGAGGCACUGAAGGCUGAUGGAGCUCCCCGAGUGGCAGGAUUGUGUCUGAAGUGUGCACAGCAUGAAGCUGUAUUGGCUGGGACUCACACAAAUCUGCAUGUCCAGGCUAUUGACAGGCUCACAAAAGAGCGUGAUGAGUUACUGGCAGCUCUGCGUGCUGUGAGGGCUAGUCAGCAGGAGGCACAGCAGAGGGAGUGGUCUGCCUGUCUUCAGGUCAAGCAGGCUGUGGAGAUGGCGGAAGAUGCAAAUCUGCACAAAGCCAGGGUGGAGGUGCAGUGUGAGCAGUUGUCCAGGGAGCUGGCUCGACAGAGGGAACAGCUGGAACGAGAAGCACAGACCUUGCAGGAGAGACUGACUGAGGCCAGAGAGGAGGGCCGGUCUGAGUCCCGCAAACAGAAAGACGAGCUGGCACAUACAGUGUCCAGCCUCUCCCAGCGUGUUACUGAGUUGGAAGGGCAGCUAGACAGAGCACACAGAGACAAGAGUUCACUGACCAAUCAGCUGGAAGACACUCUUCGCAAACUUACCUGUCAGGAACAAGACAAUACCAAGGUGUGUGUGGAGCUGCGAUAUCAACUCAGCCAGGCCCAACUGAAGAAAGAGGAGGCACAGAGAGAGCUCCGAGAGCUCAACACCAAGACCAGCAGACACAUGGAAAAUGCUGCACAGGAAGUGGAAAGGCUGAGCUCAGAGCUGGUUGGCUGUCGGCAGCAUCUGGAGGCGGUCCAAAAGGAUGGGAGCCAAUGGCAGGCCGAAGCCCUGAGCCUAGCAGAACAGCUGGCAAAUGCCCAGCGCCAACUGCACCUCACCAGACAGGAUAAAGAGAGCGCUGAACGGGCUCAUGAGGAGGAAAUGACAUCUGCAACUCUUUCAGCACGGGAAAGAGAGAGAGAGCUGGCUGUGCUGCUGGAGCAAACAGAGGCUCAACACCAGCAGAGAGUUGGAGAGUUGGAUGGCCUGCUGAGUUCCCAGAAUUCUCUGAUUAGGAAGCUGAAGGAGGAGUGCUGCAAACUGGGGGCCAAACUGGAAGAGGUGACAGAAAACAGCAGGACUGAACUAGAACAGUUGGGCCUGGAGAAGCAGCACCUAGAGGAGACAGUAAAGAGUUUGAGAGCUCGAUGCGCCAACAUGGAGGAGCAGUGUGUCCAGCAUGGUCGCAUGCACCAGCGCAUGAAGGACAGGCUGCAGCAGUUGGACCGUCACUGUCAGAGCAGCGCCCAGCAGGUGUGUGAGCUGCUGGCCAAACAGAACCAGCUGAUGCAGGAGAGAAACACACUCACCGAGGAGAUGCAGAGCCUACGCAUAGAGCUGCCCAACACCAGACGAGUGAGUCUGUCCUGAUUUCUCCCUCCUCCUCCUCAUCACCACUGCUCUGUUCACUGACAGUAACCUCCUGUCAAACGGAACACAAACCGUUGUUUAUGUUUCGUUUUUUGUUUUUAUGGAGGCUUUUUUUCAUUUUUACUUUUUUUUUUAUCAGAACAGAAAAAACAGUUCCAUUUUAUAUUUUACAUUUGGCAAUGGACUGUUACUGUGAUGUAUUGAGUGGUUAGAGAUACUAGGACUGUGUUUAGUAUUACAAAAAAAAAAUGUUCUAAACAUUUUUUACAAAUGUAAUAAAUAAAAUUACUGGCGCACUAAGAUGUUUUUGGAACGGCCUAAAUUAUUACUUUAAUAUGAACUUUUAGAAUUUUUUAUAUUUCUAUUUUCAUUUUAACUGAGCUGAAAGUUCA